CAAAAAUGGCAACGGUAUAUGAAUUUUUACCAAUAGAAUUUGACUAUUAUGGUGAGUUAAGUAUUCGUUCGAGACUUGCUGAGGCCAGACGAUUCAGCCGCUUCCAUGCGGUAGUCCUCCUUCAGCGAAUAGUCCGAGGACAUUUAAUAAGAAAACAUUUUGCAUGGCUAUCGAAAAAUGCCCUCACAAUACAAUGCGCCUUUCGAAUGCAUCUCGCUCGUAAAGCUUACAGAAGAGCUUUGAUACAAGCGGUACGGAACAAACAUAACAAAAGAUAUAAUCAGGCGGCAACAAAGAUACAGGCCUUAUGGCGUGGCCAUUAUUCAAGAAACAAUAAGUUCUGUUACUACUCCUAUCGACGAUGGUUGCAUGAAGUAACUGAACGUGGUAAGAGGAGAGCGGCCGAAGCUGUUGAAUUCGGCAUCAGAACAAAGGUCGAUGACCUCAAAAUGUUAGAAGACGAAGCAAGAAAAUGGCUCGCUUACGUCGUCUUCAAGUUACAUCACCUACUUAGAACGUACGUCUGUGCCGGCAUAUAUUCUAAAACUGGCACAAGCGAGCUGUCGGAAUUUGAAAACCUUUUAAAUUCAAUACGUUACACGGACUAUAUGAAACGUUUGAAAAAGAAAUAUGACGAGUUUGUGCGGAAAUAUCGGCCUCGUUUUUCCAACAAAAGACUGUUUCCAAUAAUAGGAAACGGAGAAGAUUAUUGGUACUUGUCUCUGCCUGAGAUGUAUGAACUAACAGCUCCACCUCCAGAAGUUGAAGAUACGCGCCAUAUUAACGAAUAUCACGGUCCUAUUCACAAGAAACCUUUUCUAUGGAGGAAAGUGACACGAUCGAAGCUGUCAGAAGGUAGAGGUCCGUUUAUUGCUACAAGAAUUCCUUCAAAAGAAACUUUAUCAAGUGCACACAGUGAUCCACGUUUCGAUCUUUACGUUCAACACUACAAGCCGCAACCGAAUAUUUUCAAUUAUGUUGACUAUCAUAUAAACAUCGUACUAUUGAAAAAACAAAAGAUACAAACAAUGUAAAUUACGAUUAGAACAUACGAAAAAUAAAUCCUUGAUAUCUAUAUCAUGAAGGAUUGCGGAUAUUACGUCAUUUUUAUAAUUUCGUUUUGGCAUUUAUAUUUGUCUUCUGUACUCAACUAUUGUGUCCAUGCAAUUAUCAAAAUAUGCUUUUCAAUUGUUUUCCUCAUUCAUAGUUUAUGCAAAGUCUAAAUUACAUAAUGACUUCCUGCAAGCCGUAUUUCCACCUUAUCAUGGAGUUUAACAACCCCGUAAUCUCUGUACAUUCAAAUUAAUGCUAUUGUCGAAACGGACCAAACUUUCCUUAUACUGUAAUUUCAAUAUUGCUACAGCAAAAUGAAACACAAUUUUAUUGAUGACUGAAAUGGCUUGUACCAAAACACUUGGUUAAAAUUUUUAUUUUUCUUGUUCGGAAAUCCGUAAUCAGGCUGCUAAGUUUGGAAGGGUCGUCCGGAUGUUGCGGCCCGCGAGCCUUUUGUUGUUUCGCUUUUGUUGUUGUGAAUUUUACACUUGUAAUUUAUUUCAGGAAAUGCCUUGGUGAGAAAAAAAAUUACAUUAAACUCUCUAAAGUAAAAUGUGUUUUGCAAAU